AUGGAGAUGGAGGUCGAAGAUAGGACGAAGCUGUUGCAGACGCUAAUCGCCGUAGUGCCGGACUCGUCCAAUAUUCCCUCUCCACUUUGUGUGCACAUCCUAUUCCUCCACAGUGAUCAGACAACGGAUGACAAGCGUACCCCUUUGUUCGCCAUCUAG